AUGGACAAAAAAGGUAACUUUGAAAGACUAAGGAAUAAAUUGAAGAGUGAUUUAUUUAAAAAUGAGUCUUAAUAAAAAUAGUAUGCUGAUGAAAUAAUAAACUAAUGUUCUUAAAUAUUAGAAUACGUACACUGUUCAAGUUAAAGUGAAUUUAAAGAAGAGUCAACUAAAUUGAUAGAUUAUAUCUCAAAUAAAAAAUAAUUAGAGUAGAUGAAACAAUCAUUUUAAAAUUAGUAUUAAAUAGGUAAGAUAUUAGGAGAAGGUGCUCAUGCAGUAGUUCGUUAAUGUUGGUAAAUUACAAAUCCUGAUGAAACCUAUGCUGUUAAAAUUACUAGGAAUCCAGACCCUGAAAUAACAGAUAUUAUGAAAUAAACAUUCCUUAAUACAGUCUCUUUAAAUCAUCCAUAUAUAUGCAAAACUAAUAUGCUUUAUAUAGAUCCUAAUAUGGAAUGUUCAUAUCUUGUAAUGGAAUAUUUACCAUAUCCAAGUCUUUAAUAAAUUCUUAAAGAAAGAUAGAUUUUGGAAUAUGAAUAAGUUCGUUUAAUUAUUAGAUAAUUAUUUGAAGCAGUAUCAUAUAUACAUAAAGUUGGAUUAUGUCAUAGAGAUAUUAAACCAGAUAAUAUAGUUUUUGAUAGUGAUUCUAAUUAGAUUAAAUUAAUUGAUUUUGGUGUUUCAAAAAGAUUUCUUGUUACUGAAAAAAGUUGUAAAGACAUUAAAAACAAUCUUAUGUGGACUGUUACUGGAACAAUGCCAUAUCAAGCUCCGGAAUUAUGGACAGGAUCAGGAUAUUCUAAGAAAAUUGAUAUUUGGGCUAUUGGAGUUGUUUGUUAUUAAAUGUUAUGUGGAAGAUUACCUUUAGAUUAAGAAAAUCAAAUGGAAAGUUUUUCUACUUAAACUGAAUAUACUGGUCAUUUAAAAGAAGAAUCCUUUCUUAAUUUACCUCCAUUAAUUAUUGAUUUCAUUAAAAGAUUAUUGAAAUGGGAUCCAGAAAAAAGAAUUACAUCUUAAGGUAAAAAUCUAAUUAAUCAUUUUAAAGAGGCUCUUCUUCAUCCUUGGCUUUAUUAACCAAAACUUAUUCCAAGAUAUUUUAUAGUAAAAUCCAAAGAUGAUAUAUUUACUAGUUCAAGUGAAAAACCACUUUUGGGUCUUGUGAGAUCUAUGUAAGCUAAUGUUAAAAUCUUUCAAUAAUCUGUUACCAAUGUUAAUGAAAAUUUCAUUGAUAAAACCAAUUUUAAUAAAAUUCAUGGAUAAAUUAUAAUUGGUUUCAAAGAAUCUAGUCAAUAAAUUAGAGAUAAAUCAAUCCACUUUUAAUAAUCCAUUACUUCUAUGAAUCUGAAUAAAUGCUCUCUUAAAUCUAAUCCUGAAGAUGUUUCUGAUCUUUUUGAUGUUAUUAAUUACUGUGAUAGUAAUUCCUCAUUUGAAGCAUUAGAUGAAAUAUAAUAACUAUAAACCUAACAAUCAAAAUAAUCCUUGUAACAAUAACAAUCAAAAAUUACAUUUUCUUAAAGAUUAAGAAUUAUUAAAGAAGAACCUGAAACACCUCAGAUAAACAAUUUUGUUUCUAAGAUUCAUGAUGAUAAUGAUGUUGAAAAUUGA